AUGAAAACAUCAUCUGGCAGGUCUUCUUAUUUCUCCCACCUGAAGAACAAUGUGACAGCUCUUCCCCCAUCUGGAGCUGUUUCACCGCAGUACUUGGGCACAUUGAAGGUGUUGGAAGGCAAGUGUUUGCAGAGGUGCAGUGCAGAGGUCAGCAAAGCAGACAGCAUUCGAGCAGCUGUUUACCAGGAUUGGCUGGAAAAGAAAAGAGUCCAUCUACUGGAAUUAAAGAGAAAUAAAAAGAAACAAGCUGAAGAUCUCAAGAACAAUAUUGAAAAGAAAGAGGCUGCAAAAAGAGAGGAAGCAAUUGCAUCUUUUGAAGCCUGGAAAGCAAUGAAAGAAAGAGAAGCAAAGAAAUUAAGUGAAAAAAGGAAGCUUGAGGAACUGAAUAAAAGGAGAGUGGCAGAACAGGAUGAGGAGAAGAGAGAAGCUGCACAGAAGGAAUGAAAAAAAGGAGGAAUGUAU